AACCACACUUCACAGCACUGCAAAACUCACCCAUAUCCAGCCCCCUGCUAAACUCUGCGACUCGAAAAAAAACACAAAAAACAUUUAUAGUUUAGCUAUGGGUGGGAACAAGCACAAGAAGUCCUUCUCUUUCUUCACUAGCUUGUUUAAAGGCAAGAAGGGCCGUAGAGACCAUGAUUCUUACUCCUAUGGGGAUGAUGCUUGGGGCGCCGCCAGGAAGAUUUAUCCCAGUGAUGAAGACAAUACUCACAGGGUGGUUGCUGAGCCCGGUAUCGACAAGAGAGCUUCAGCUUUCAUUGCUAAUUUCCAUGCAACUCGUGUUUCUGAAGCCAUCCAUCAUCAACAAGCUGGCUGAAAAAAAAAAACAAAGGCCCGCCCCGCCCUGCACCUGCUCCUGCUCCUGCUCCUGCUCUGCUCUUCAUAUCAACAACACACUUCUCCUUCUAUCCUAUAGUUUUCCUUUUUCAAAUCAUCUUUCUUUCUUUCUUUGUUGUUAAAUUAUUCCUCAAUUAUUAUCAGUUGUUAAUAGUUUGUGAAUGAUUAAUAAAACAUCAUCUGGAUUCUUAUAGCAAACAAAAAACUGCUUCUGUUC